AUGUCCAGUAAAGGGAUUGAUCAACCCAUUCUCCAUCAUGCUUUACAAGAAGGUGAUGUGUCCCUCCUUGUCAAGUUAGUUUCUCACGGAUGUGAUCUCAAUGUUCAGUCCUCUGAUGGUCAGACAUGUCUUCACAAAGCGAUUAACUUGUGCUACAGGGCAUUUAGGAUGGUUACGAUUCCAGAUGUACUGAGAAAGAUAUCCGAUGAGUAUUACCAAGGUGAGUUAUCUCCGAAGAAGGCCUUGGUGUUCUAUCUUCUCCAGUGUGGAGCUAAAAUAGAUGUCAAAGAUUUAGUAGGAAAGCAACCAAUCGACUAUGCAAGGAAUGAUGAGAUCAAGCAGAUGAUACUUUCUCGUUCGAAAAUGAAUAGGCAAGCAAGUUCUUCCAAUGUCACAGGAGUGACUGGGCAGAAACAGAAGAGACGAUCUAUCAAUGAAAAUGAGAAUGUUUUUGAAAAGAGACCCAGGCAGAGACUAGAAUACUCAAAUUCAGAUGUCCUUCAUGAUACAACUAAUGCUAAGCAAUCCAAUGGUCAGUUGGAGGAUACAGCAAGUAAAAUGAUUACCCAAACAGAUCAGUUGAAAGGAUCAAUGAUGAAAGGAUCUAUGGAUUCAGGUACGCGCGCCUUAAUGCUUUUACUAGCGCCUCCAAGAAAUAAAUAAAAUAGUACAUAUAAGCGCAUACAGAGAAAUGACAAAUGUUUCCUUAUUUUAUAACAUAAUAUUGUCAAUAUCCUGGGGUUUACCGUGGGCAUGCUGUAAAAUUUAUUCAAAUUGCUAAAAGGAACAUUCUAAAAAUACUAAUUUAAUCCUCUUCGCACUUGGCAGUACAUAAGGCCUUUUCAGCUGAACGCCAGUUUCUUCUGUUCUGGGCGAGUAUCCCCAGCCCAUUCCAAGUUUGAUAUAUUGGUUUGAUUUCUUGUUCUAUGGUUCUCCUCCAUGUCCCUUUUGGUCUGCCCUCUUUCUUUGCUCGUAUGGUGUCCAGUGUAGGGAUUUCUUUGUAUGUCUAGUACUGUCCAUGUGCAGUAUGUGUCCCGUCCAUCUCCAUCUUCUUUUAGUUAUUUAUAUUGUUUAUGUCAUUGAUACCUUUUUAUUUUUUUUAACUUGUUUGUUAUUAUUUGUGGCAAUCUUAUAUUUAAAAUCCUGCGCAGACAUCUCCCCUCAAAUCCCCCCAGCUUUGACACUAUUGUUUAAAAUAGUUGGGUGAAUAAAUGUCCAAUUUCAAACAAACAAUCGUUAACACACUGCCCAUACAACUAUUGGUUAAAAUUUGUUAGAUAAUCAAUUUGAAAUGUGGUUGCCCAUCGGGGGCCCGUUGCAUAAAACUUUUUACCUGAGAA